AUGGCAUCCACCGUAAGCCUCGACGUCCCCGACGGCCCCGUGAUGAGCCUAAUUAGCAAGCGCCUCUAUGCCCUCCGCAAGAAGCUGAACCGCAUCAACGCCAUGGAGGACUCCGUUUCCCAAGGGAAGCCGCUCAACAAGGAGCAAGAGGAGGUCCUCCGCUCCAAGCCCUCCGUCCUCGCCUUCAUCGACGAGCUCGAGAAGCUCGACCAGCCUCUCGCCUCCGCCCUCGCCGAGGAGCUCGAAGCGUCCGUCGCGUACACCCGCCACGGCACAGCCGAGAACUUCGACUCCAGCGAGCCGCCACCGCACUCCAACGAAGCCGUUCUCGAGGACCUCCUCAACUUGCUUUACUUCGGCUCGCUCUUUGACGUCAAGAGCGACUUCACCUCCAUGAUGCUCACCCGGACGCACGAGCGCGGUUGCUGCUUGACCUACGACUACGUCAUCGACGACGCCACUGAUCUGCUCGGUGAGAAGGACCUUGAUUCAUUCCUGCCAUAA